UAAUUAACUUCCGGGAAAAACGAAAGUAGGAUUUUUUUUGAUUUUUGAUAUAUUUAGGCGUUCAAUUUAGACGUUCUUAAAGAUGGCAACAUUUGAGCGAUGUACAGAUAACCAGUCUACUAGUGAUGGUGUCCAGCACAGAAAAUAUCCGCUGAUACGUCUGGAACCAUCCAUAAAGAAAUUCCUCAAAGUUAUACAGAUUGACUUGGCAAGACUGCAUAGGCAUAGACUUAAUGUGGAGAAGUAUAACAGGCUACAGGACUGGAGUGACUUGCACACAGAACAGAUAAAUGCAACAAGAACCAUUCAACAAAUCAAAGCAAACAUUCAUGAAAUAGAAAAAUCAAGGCUUCAAGUUAAUGAGGAAGAUUUGGAAAAGUUUGACAACAGAAUAAAUGACAUGAAACAUGGUGCAAUCAAGUCAGUUGAUGAAUUUGUGAGUCUGGCAAAAGGAUUUAAAUGUGAUGGUAGAAAUUCCAGCUCUGAUAGUUCACCAUGUGAUGAAAACAAAUUAUUAUCCAUUGGUUCCUCAGAUGAACUUUACCAAAAUCAAGUGCAGUUGAAUGAACCACCUGAAAAUACUCAGGUAGCUGAGUCAUGGGAAAAUCUGCAAGAGAAUUUAGAAGAAUUAAAUGUAAUGAUACAUCAGUUUGCUUCAGCUGUUAAGACACAACAAGAGAAUAUAGACAGUAUAGAAGAUAAUGUAGAACAAGCUCAUAUAUCUGUCCAAGACGGGACCAAACAUCUGGCCAAGGCAGCUAAAUAUAAAGCAGCUGUUUUGCCAAUAGCUGGUGCAGUAGUGGGUACAGUGUUAGCAGGACCUGUAGGGUUAGUUGCUGGAGCCAAAAUUGGGGGAUUAUUGGGUGUGGCUGGAGGAGGACUGGCAGGAUUUUUGAGUGGAAGGUAUAUUAAAAAAAGGAGAGACAAAGUAACAGAAAUAGAACUCUCAAAAUUAAGUAGGUCAAAUUCACUACCAGAUGUACAUGCAGAAAAUGGAAUGGGCACUUCAUGGUUCCCAGACUGGGGGAGAAAAAGGAACCAGUCAACAGCAGACGUAUUGGACAACACUUAGAUGACAGAUAUGUACUGAAGGAAUGGACAUGGUGGCUCAAAUUUUAGUUGUGAUAUACCUUAUUUUAGUGCUUCAGUUGACUGAUACUCAUUUAUUCUAAAACAUUGUUUGUGUGACUUUGUUUCAACUUUAUUAUUAAUCAAUGUAUUUGGUUUAUACUUGGACAAAACAACAUUGAAUAGUGGGUAAUUUGAAUAUUACUGUAGCCUUUUAGGAAGACUUCCAUCAAUAAAAGCUUCUCAUGAAUGGUAGUAAGGAUAAGUCAAAUGUAGGCCUGCUUUGUGGUGGCUCUUGUUUUAGGAAUAAAAACCAUUUGCAGGGGGUAUUUACAUUCAGUGAUAGUUCUAGUUUAUUAUUUGUUAUGUGCAAUAUUUAGACAUAUGAGUUAGGUUUUUUUGGAUACAGAUAUGUAUUUAUUUCAAUUAAUUCUUUUAUUUAAUAGUAACUUCAUUUAUUUCUAAGAUUAAUAUUGUUACAAAAGGAUGGCAUUGACUCCUCCAUCUUCCUUUUUUUAUUUAAGAUACAAAAUUUAUGUAAUCAUUUUACCUUGUGUUUUGCCUAUUACACAUGAAUCACCUUA